AUGGCAAGAGAGAACGGUCGCGCACAAGAGAUCAAUCUAAAUGUGGUGGACAUUGGCAAGCUGGCAGGACGCGUCAAUGCUAGAUAUAUACAAACUUUGAACGAGAACCCAGGCAUGAAGUUCGAUGUCAAGGAUAUGAGAUACCUGGGCUCAGGAGGACCGGUAGUCAAGGUGAGCAUGCUGAGGACCCUCCACGGCAUGAGUAUACUCUACUCCAACGAGAACCUAUGGAGACAGUUCUUGUUGCAAUGUACCGAGCAAGGAUGUUUGGAGAGCGUUCAGUUCCUACUGGAUAACGAGCCGGUCUCCGAGCAUGACGGGCUCGUAUACGACACAGCAAUCUUCACCGCAGCAACAAUCGGUCACUUGGAUAUCCUGGUCAGACUCAUGAACAUAUCCAACAUCACGACCAACAUCAAUAAGAUCAUUUCACUUGCUGGCAAGCAUGGACAAAUUCAUAUCAUCGAUCACCUGAAGAGGUGCCUGCUCGAUGAUGACUCGUGGACCAUGGCAGCUUCACUCGAACCCGAAGUCGCCAAACUACGAUCGGCACCGCCACCAUUACUAUCCCUGGUCCUGAGACCAAUGAUUGAGAUGGCCUCUGUGCUGAAGAAUGGCAACCAGCACGCUGCGGAAGCCAUCUUUGAUUGGUACCCGCAGGCCUUUGGAAAAGACUCGCCUAUCUGGGGCAACCUCACUCCUGAGCUAUGUACGUUCAUUGUCACGCGUCGACCAAACCAUCCGCGAUCCCUCAACUCGGCCAACCUAUCAUGGCUUAUCGUGGCCAUACGCGACAACACACUUCCAACCGAUAUUGGUUACAGCUACCUCACCAAUUGCACUUACAGCUCUCACAUCACCAAUGGUUUCGAGGACAAUGCGUUGACUACAUCAGCUGGAAUCUCACUGCCACUCAUGCUACUAGUUGCCAAAACAACGGGACAAGAACUAAAUGGUGUGUGUCUAGUCAGGGCCAUCACACGUGGAUGCUACGAGACCAUGAAACACCUACUCGAGGCCGGUCUCCAACCAAGCCAAGAGCAUACUGGCAAUGCAUUGAUAAACUUGGUGAGCAUUGGAUCGAUUGAGUCGAUUGAGCUUCUUCGACAUCACAAGCCCUUGUUGUUCCAAAACAAUCCCGGGAUAUUGGAGUACUUCAUUCCAAUAUGGCAAUCAAACUGGACAAUCCUCGUGCACUUGAAGUGUUGCGACCUCACUUCAUUGAACAUCGACCCAAUAUGA